CCGGCAAUAGAGUGGUGUAGCAUCCAAAUACAAUAAAUGCGGUAGGUGCAAUUUGUCGAUUAUGUUAUGUAUUCCAAAAUAAUUGCUUUACUUUCUCAUCGACCAAAUACAUCAAUUACACCAACACAGCACAACCAUAGGAGGUUACUCCUACGGGGAGUAACCUUGGUGUCAGCCUCUAAGCUGCAACUCAGUAGCGAACUCCCGGACUCCGGCUCUAAGUCAAAAGCAGGCAACACGUCGUUAGGAGUUGAAGAGAGUUGAACGGACAAGACCGGACUUUGACAAGCGAGGUCUCUUCUGCGAGUGUUGUGUUUCAUGGCAAUCGUUUAGAGGUUGCUGGCAACGCGCGUCCAGUGCUUAAUUUCGAUGAAAAGGUGCGAAGCGGACACUAAUUUAUAGCAAAAAGUUAGAAAAAGUCUAAUUAUCUGCGUAGGGUUUGCCGUUGGAACAAGGAAAUCGGUGGAGAAUCUGGACGAGUUCCAGUGGGGACGAAGUUGGCGACGACCUGCUGUGGUAGAGGGAGGAGCGGGACACGGAGGGAGCGAGGGUGAGCUGGAGGCGGAGAGGGUGACGGAUCAACGCAGGGGCGCCAUACUGACGCUCUUUACAGACUCGCGUUCACGAAGACACGCGCACGAGUGUGGAAGAAGGCGCGGAGCACAGACAGACAGAGGAGAGGAGGUGAAUGGGACGAGCUCGGACGAGGAGGGGAGGAAGGUGACUUUCUUUCCCUGCUCGCUCUUCUGAGUCUCUCAAUUCUCAUCAAAUUAUCAUAUCAUUUAUCUCGUGGCCAGGCCACACGAACGCGCUCGAAACAUGUGAUUUUCAGGUAUUGGCGUAUCCAGUUCCGGAUCACUGUGCUCUUUUAUGCGCUGGAAGGAUUCGCCUCACUUCCCUCUCACCCUCCCUCUCUGAAUGCAUGCCCAGCAUUCAGUGGACACAUAAAUUGUUCCUCUGCAGGCUUGUUUUUUACGGAGGGGGCAAAUUGGGAGCUCUCAACUCUUUUAUGUCUCUUCUUGUCUUGAGUGUCUACCGGAUAGAGCACUGAUUCGAGCCUACUUGUCCGAGGCAACAACUAGACGAACAAUCACUCAGCCAUGGAAAACAAGAGGAAAUUGCUUGUGCUUUACGCGACGGAGACAGGAAAUGCUCAGGAUGUGGCGGAGCGUAUCGCCCGUGAGGCUGAACGGCGCUAUUAUGCACCUGUCUUACAGUCAACUGCGUCCUAUGAGCCGAGUGCACUACCUUCGGAAGAAAAUGUCAUUAUUGUAGCAUCAACAUGCGGUCAAGGCGAUCCUCCAGCGGCUAUGAAGGUCUUUUGGAGACAGUUGCUGCGAAAGAGCCUUGGUCAAGACUGGUUGGAAGGAAUGCACUAUGCUGUUUUCGGACUUGGAGAUUCAGGCUAUCAAAAGUAUAACUUGGUUGCUAAGAAACUGGACCGUAGGCUGUCUGAUCUUGGUGCGAAACCAAUCGUUCCGAAAGGUCUCGGUGAUGAUCAGCAUCGUUCGGGGUAUGAGGCUGCUCUUGAUCCUUGGCUGGCCAAUCUCUGGACAGCUUUGAGAGAACGGAUUGCUCUUCCAUAUGGGCUGCAAGAUCCUGAUAACAACGACAUGAGUAGCACACAGUUAGACUGCCCCAAGUUCAGUGUCAAGUUUCAUAACUCAGCAUCCGCCUCACAGAUGGAGUCUUUGACAAUUGCCGACAUUGAUGCUACACGAGCUGUACAAGAAAAAUGGGUCGACUAUCAGAAAGCGCGAGUUAUGUUGGAAUCUGCUGCUGGAGAUGCGCCAACUUCGAUGGAGCCUGAGGUUCCCGGUUAUGGACCCGAUCAGCCAAUGUUCGCUAAAAUGACGGCGAAUAAGAGGUUGACAGCAGAAGAUCAUAGCCAAAAUGUUCGGCACUUGGAGUUUGAUUUAGGCCCCAAUGGUGUGAAGUACCAUCCAGGGGACAUUUUAACACUUAUUCCACGUCAAAACCCAGAUGAUGUAGAGGCGUUUCUCCAACGAUUGUCUCUUGAUGGUGAUUCCUAUGUGACGGUUGAAGCAUCGCAGUCGGAACUUACUUGUAGUUGGAAUGAUCCUCAAUUGCUACAACUGGGCCCUGUGAAGCUGAGAACUCUCGUGGAGGGUGUCUUGGAUGUGUCUUCAGCUUCCCCACGUCGUUACUUCUUUGAGGUGAUGAGCCACUUUGCUGCUGCUGAGCACGAAAAGGAGAGACUGCAAUAUUUUGCAACUUCAGAGGGUAGGGAUGAUCUUUAUCAAUACAAUCAAAGAGAACGCCGCUCAGUCUUGGAGGUCCUCCUUGACUUCCCUUCCGUACAGCUGCCACUAGAGUGGGUGCUUCAGAUCGUACCCAGACUGAAGCCCAGAUCGUUUUCUAUCGCAUCGUCUCAAAGGGCUCAUCCCCAACAGGCACAUCUUACCAUGGCGGUUGUCGAGUGGAUGACUCCAUUCAAGCGGAAAAGGCAUGGUUUAUGUUCGACAUGGUUGGCUCAGUUGGAUCCAUCCGUAGGUGAGGUGUAUGUUCCAGUUUGGAUCACUCGGGGAGCACUGAAACUGCCCCCUCCGUCAGUACCCCUUAUAUUAGUAGGACCAGGAACAGGUUGUGCUCCAUUUCGAUCUUUCGUGGAAGAUAGGAAUAUUUUGUCACAAACUGAACCAGUGGCACCAAUACUGUUUUUCUUUGGUUGCCGAAAUCAGGCGAAAGAUUACUUGUACAAGGAUUUCUGGCAGUCAUGUACUACGGAUCACAAAGUGAUGUCCCCAGAUAGCGGAGGUGGCCUGCAUGUAGCCUUCUCCAGAGAUCAAGGACAGAAGGUUUACGUUCAGCACAAAAUUAGAGAGAACAGGAAAUUGGUCUGGAGGCUGCUGCAAUCUGGAGCAGCCAUUUUUAUCUCUGGGUCAGCAAACAAGAUGCCAGCCCAGGUAACAUCGGCCUUUGAGGAAAUUAUAGCAAGCGAGGCUGGAAUUUCUCGAGAAGCAGCAAUACGGUGGUUAAAGCAGAUGGAGCUGAAGGGUAGGUUCAGUGUGGAGGCAUGGUCAUAAUUCAAACACCCUUUUAUUAAUUCUUUAAGCCUAAUAGAGGCUUUUCAUUCUUUUGCCCAUCCGCCACAGGCAUUUUGUUUGUAUAGUAGGAAAUUUUGAAAUAGAACAAUAAACGGAUCUGAUCCAGUAGAUAGGUUGGAAAAAUUUUUUCUUUGUUCGAACACCAUUUCUAUGACCUGUAGUUGUGCGACUAACGAGCAAACCCUCACAAGCCUCACUGGCCUUCUCUUGACCAUCUUACGCACAUCUACGGGUGUAUGGACAUCAUACAGUUUUGAUCUUGUUUUCUGGAGUAACCGUAGUUACCACUGCCAGUAGAGUCUUUUGUGAUACAAAUCAAGUGACAACCCCAUCAGAGGGAAGUAGGGAAAACAGUUUGCUUCUGGUACUACUGUACCGCGAUGUAAUUGUCUUUGCAGAAAAGCAGUAAACAUACAUAGCUGACCUGGC